AGUCAAGGCGGUGGAUAAGAAAGUCUCGCCACGCAGAAAAUCUGAAGAAUUAAAGAAGGUCGAAACUAAAACUAAGAGUGAAAGUAAAACUAAAGGUGAAAGUGAAGAGACUAUCGCCACCAGACCUUUGUCUCCUGCUUACUCUGAGGAGAUUAUGUUACAAGGCAAAGCCAGCCCUUACAGAGACUUCUCAGAUGCUGACAUGAUGGAAGAGGAGGGGGCACACAAAGUCACCAAACAUGAAGAUACGCCCAGUCCAGCCCAGACCGCAACCCCAGAGAUUUUGGAGGAGGUUCAGCCAGAGGUACAGGAGGAGAGGGAGGAAAUCCCAGAGUCUAGCGAGGCUGAUGACGGUGAGGAGGAAAAAUCUGUUCCACAACCAGCGGACGAGUCUUCAGAUGGGGAAGUUAGUAAUGAUAUACCACUGACGCCACCCAGAGCACCGGCCCCUCCACCAAUGGAGAGCUCUGAGGAUGAAAUGGACCCUGAGCCGGAUCUGGCCCCGAUUUCAGUGCCGGGUCCAAAUACUCCAUUUUCUGUCCCAGCACCAAACACACCAUUUUCAGUGCCCCCUCCUACCAAUCUCCUUCAGCAACACUCAGUUCACUCAGAAGAGGCACCAAUGUCAGCAGUUCCUUCUGUACCAUCCAUGGAAAUGCAUUCACAAGGGUCUGUGGAAAUGCAGCAGCCUGUGGGCUCAGUUGAAAUGCACUCU